GUAAAUAACAAAUCACACCCGAUGGAGUUCGUGCAGGAGUAUAGUCCCGCUGAGGUGACACUUAUCGAACGAGAGUUCAGUCGUUUGGCAGUCGAUAAUUCAAAUUAGAAAAUUGAUCGCUUUUCAACGCAGGCAAGCACUACAUGGAUCACGCCGGAACCACGCUGUACGCCGAGUCACAGAUUCGAGCCGUACAGAACCAGCUGACGGGCGGUUUGUUCUGUAAUCCACACACCAGUCAGCAGACUGGCGCUCUAAUCGACCAAGUCCGGCAACGGGUAUUGCAAUUUUUCAACACAAAUUCAUCCGAAUACACACUGAUUUUUACUUCGGGAGCUACGGCCAGCCUGAGGACGAUAGCAGAAUGCUUCACUUUUCGGCCACCGGAGGAUGACUCCGAGAGCGGCGGAUCAGGAGCUUUCGUUUACCUGCGAGAUAAUCACACCUCGGUCCUGGGGAUGCGGGCAAUCGUGGAUACCGAUCGAAUCCAUCCUCUGGAGCGAACAGAAUUUUUGCGGCACCUGAAGCGUCGGGUCAGAAAUUUCAACUCGAAGAAACCAUCGCUUUUGGUGUUUCCAGGUCAGAGCAAUUUCAACGCCGCCAAGUAUCCGCUGGAGUUGAUCGAGGAGAUUCAACGGAACGGUCUGCACGGUUACGACGAAGAGCAGUUCUACGUCUGUUUGGACGCGGCCAGUUACGUUUCGACGAACUUCCUCGAUUUGUGUCGUUACCGACCGGAUUUUGUGUGUUUGUCUUUUUAUAAGAUUUUUGGGUACCCGACAGGUUUGGGAGCAUUACUUAUACGGAAUGGUAGUGAACAGGUCUUGCAAAAGCGAUACUACGGUGGAGGAACAAUCAAGAUUCUGCUGAGUGGACAAAAUUUGCACAUGAAGCACGACUCACUGGAGCAGAGAUUCGAAGACGGAACACAACCAUUCCUAUCGAUCAUUGCUCUGCUGCAUGGUAUGAACACCAUCCAACAGCUGAUCCCACCCUUCAACGGAACCCGUUCGAUGGACCGUGUGUCCAAGCAUGUGUUCAACAUGGCAAAGUAUUGCUACGGGAAGUUGGGUGCAUUGGAACACUCAAACGGCUUGAAAGCCAUUCGGUUUUACAUGGAUACAGAGUUCGAAUCCCGAGAAAGCCAAGGUGGUAUGGUAAAUUUCAAUGUACUUCGGGAAGAUGGAAGCUACGUUGGAUUUGCGGAGUUUGCUCAGCUUGCUAGAGGUAAGGAAAUCUACGUACGGACUGGAUGUUUUUGUAAUGCCGGAACUUGUCAGCGACAGCUCGGCCUGACGGAUGCCGAUGUGUUGAUGUUCUUUCGAAUGGGUAAAAUUUGCGGUGACGAUACAGAUUUGAUCGAAGGGAUGCCUACGGGAACGGUUCGUGCUUCGUUCGGUUAUAUGAGCAGUCCGAAGGAUGUUGAUGCAUUAACGGACAUGAUUGAGGAAUGUUUUAUCCAAAGUUCUCCGAAGAUUGCUGCAUUGAAAGCAAUCUACAUCUAUCCGAUUCGCUCUUGUGGGGCAUUUUCUGUCACCGGUAAUUGGCCGAUUCGCGGUAAAAGAUUAAAAUUUGAUCGUGAAUUUACAAUCGUUGACUGCCUCGGACUGCCGCUUUCCAGUUUCAAACACCCGCAGAUGGCUAGUAUUUUACCGGAAAUUAAAAACAAUUGUCUAGUACUGAGACAUGACACGGAAGAUGAUUUUGUGUUGGAUAUGGACAAAUGUACGACUGCAGAAGACUGCGGAGAUUUGGUGGCUUCGUGGAUCAGUCGAACACUUGGAGUAGCGAGUCUUCGUCUGCUGAAACGAUCGACGGAUGAAGGAAACAGUCCGCAAAAGUUAUUGGUAAUCAACUGGAAUGCGUUAAAUUUUGUUAGUGGCUGUGAUAAAAGUGCUAUAGUUCAGCUUUACCGAGCAAAUGCAAUUUUCGAUGCUCCCAAUCACUUCGACAUGCAGGUCGGCCGCGAUCUAACUAUUGGAACUAAACGAUUUCGCGUGACGAAUUUAUGCACAAGACGCCCCAUGAUCCACGUCAACCGGAAUGAUUCGUUGAAAAUGAUCGCCGAUGUAUUCGCUCAAAAAGUUCCACUUGGAAUGUAUUUAGUACUAAUGGACGAUAGCAACAAGGACACCGGCGGAGCAGAGGAUACGUUGAGUUGUGGAACCGAACUGAAAAUGGCCACCAGUUCGGACACCGGUUGUAAAGCGAUGAUUAUUACGGAUUCCAUCACCAGAUACGAUUUCCGAGUGCAUCGAGCCGCAUAGUUCAAAAGGUGACUGCUCUAGAAAUAAAUGAACGAAUAAAUAAAUAAACAAACAAACGAACAAACCCGGUCAUGUUAUGCGUUGACUUACUGUGGGAAGUAAUUGGAACAACAUAAGCAUCAUAACACCGAGAUGACACACAUUUCUGUUUUCCCUAGUAGGUAGUCGAUUUUGUGAAAUUCACCACACACACUCUACUGUUCGAUUUACCUGCAUAUUAUGCAUGCGAACAUUGCGAAAUGGCGCAAUUAUUUCCUAGUUGCGCUGCGACUUCGCCGCGCGAGAAAGUUGCGCAUAGUGUUGUUCUCUUUGAUAAGAUCGACGGCUCGCUCGGACCGGGGGCUUUCCGCAUCAUUGUGGCCGGCUCUCACAUCAGCAAAACCGUUUAUUCAACAAUUCACACACGAACUGAGCUGCUGGCCUGCUCCGGCAAUUGGCUGUGUGCGGCAUUCCGUCGGUAUGUACAAUCGCAACCGGCAUACCAAACCCCGACACUUUUAUGAAUGAAGCGUUCAGGGCGUGCUGAUUCCUAAUUGGUGAUAUGAGCUAUUUGAAGUUUUUUCGUUUUUGUUUUCGUUCUAAUCGAUGUCGAAUUAUUUUCACUUUGUUUAGGUUUAAGGAAAACCCCUGUAUGAACGAAGUCUUUCUAUGAGGAUAGUCAUAAUAAAUAAACAUCGAUUCAUCGCACAAACGACUGCAUCAGCUCAACGUCUUUUGAUUUUCAAUACUGCCAAUGCUUUUUAUACUCGAAGGUCUCGUGAAUCAAAUUCAUUUUACGUUAC